UGAUGAUAACUUCACCUCAUUCAUUGAAUUACAAGAAACAAUACCAUUUGAUAUUAAUAAGCUGGAGUCAUAUUGAUCAUCUAUCAACCAAACAACCCUUCCCUUCCCGCAUCUUUGACAUAAUAUCAUUCAAUAAUCCUUUUCGGCCCGCUCCUUUUCUUCAAAAUAGAAACUACUUAAUAUAUCCGUGCACAUAUAAAAUCAAAGCAUUGCACGUGUUUUUGGCUGUCAAAUCGAAACACGCUACAUUUCAACCUCUGCUCCUUGUCUCAAGUUGCUGUCGAUCGAGAAUUGAAUGAGAUAAUUGAGAGGAUCAAUCAAGACAUUUUCAAUAACUUAUCAAAAAUCAAACUUGUAACCCCUUACCCACUCCAUUGACCAUGGAUAUCGAUCAAGACCCUCGAAUCUCCGCCGCAUAUACAACGCGUCUCGACCAAACCCUCCAAGAUCUUCAAGAUCGAGUCAAGGAGCAAGAAGCCGCACUUGCAAAGCUCCGAGCAAAAACCUCAACCCCCAUAUCUUCCGGACCAUCACCAGACCCCAAAAUCCACCUCCACCAACUCCGCGCUCUGAAACACGCAUACGAUACCCUCUCCGCCACACCCCCCUACCUCCCACCCCCCAAAUCCGUCCUCCCCGCCCUCCUCGCCCACCGCACCACCACAUCCUGCAUCCAAGAAACCCAAGAAUGCAUCACCACCAGCUCACAUGACCUCUCCACCAUCACCACCCUCCUCCAAAAAGAAAAAUCCGACCACCAAGAUGCCCUCUCCAUCCAAUCCGCGCUCCAAUCGCGCAUUUCCGCCCUCACAACGCAACUCGCGCAACAAACUCAAAAAUCCCCCUCCCAAAUAUUUUCUGAGCUGCAAUCCUCCUUCCAAAGAGGCAAAACACACUACGACACCGAAACGGGCAAUCUAAUCCGCGCAUUCAAUUCCUUCAUCGAUACACAUCUCGCAUCCAUGCUCGCCGCCGAAGAACUCGGCGGCCCCAUCGUAGGCGAAAUGCUCUCCAUCACUCCACAAACCCUCAUCGCCGGUUUCAGCACGCAGGGAAAACCCAAAAAGCCAAAGGAAAACCCAAACAUGGACAAGCGCCAGCGUCGCAUCGACGAAAUCUGGGGUCCCAAACCAUCUCUCGACCCAGACGACGACGAGGAAGAAGAAGAAGAAGAAUGGGACGAAACACGUGCCGCCGCAGCAGAAAUGCGCGAAUUGGCCGAACAGCUGUUGAACGGAUUAUUGGAAGCCGAUGAGAGUGGCUCGGGUGGAUAUGUCACGCUCGAGAGAGAUAGUGCGGCGGCGAGAUUCCUGGUCAGGAGUAAAGUGGCGCAGUAUCAUUUCAAGGAUGCGCGGAAAUUGAAGCUGGUCGAUUUUGAAAAGGAUAUUGUGUGA